GUCUUGUGGAGUCCUACGUCCCCCACCCCCCCAGUUUCUCGCAGUUCCUCGGCUGCCUGAGUUCAGCCCCGCCGCCUGAGGUCGGAGCCCCCGGGGCGGAGCUCUAGGUGUCUGUCUGCUCUCGGGGCUCCCCGUUCACCCAGCCGCCGCCAUGUCCGCGCAUCUGCAGUGGAUGGUCGUGCGGAACUGCUCCAGUUUCCUGAUCAAGAGGAACAAGCAGACGUACAGCACCGAGCCCAAUAACCUGAAGGCUCGCAACUCCUUCCGCUACAACGGGCUGAUUCACCGCAAGACCGUGGGCGUGGAGCCGGCGGCCGACGGCAAAGGGGUCGUGGUGGUCCUGAAGCGGAGAUCGGGCCAGCGCAAGCCGGCCACCUCCUACGUGCGCACCACCAUCAACAAGAACGCCCGGGCCACCCUCAGCAGCAUCCGCCACAUGAUCCGCAAGAACAAGUACCGCCCCGAUCUGCGCAUGGCCGCCAUCCGCAGGGCCAGUGCCAUCCUGCGCAGCCAGAAGCCCGUGAUGGUGAAGAGGAAGAGAGCCCGCCCCACCAAGAGCUCCUGAGCCCCGCAAUAAAGAUGUCGGCCGGCUUUCCUGAC